CAACCCCUCACUCAACUCACUUUUAUCUGUUUUACCCGCCCACUACGGCACCGAACUGGAGCGUAGCAACCACGGAAUGUCAUCUCCUCACCGUGUUGCGCGAUGUCGGCGCAGUAGUCUUGAUCCAUGAUGGCACGCUCGCCUCUUAUAUAAGAGGCGGCUGCAAGUACGUGACUCCGAUCUCCAUAAUACUCUGUUGUGAGACGACUGCUCUCUCGAUACCCACCAUGAUGCUCGCUGCUUUCAUUGGUCUGAUUGCUGUUGUAAGCGCUCAAAAUGCGUCCUACGUGGUUGAUCUUGGCUACGCUCAGUACGCGGGUGUUCUGAACCAGAGUGUCGUUCAGUAUUUCGGCAUUCGAUACGCUCAGCCACCACUUGGCGAGCUGAGGUGGCGAGCUCCGCUGGAUAUUGAGGCUCAUGGCGGCUACGACCCGUCCGUCGUCAUGCCUGCAACUGAGCGAGGCCCCAUAUGCGUGCAAGGUACACCAUACUGGCGACCAAACCCGGCACUGAACGGCACCGGCAGCGAAGACUGCCUGCUGUUGGAUGUGUUGGUGCCGCCGAAUCCAGUCAGCGACUACCUUCCAGUCCUUGUGCAAAUACAUGGAGGUGGCUACGACCAGGGAAACAGCGAGAGCAAUCCGGGGUAUCUACUGGUCAACCAAUCUCGUGGCAGCAUCAUCUAUGUAUCGAUCCAAUAUCGUCUUGACGCGUUCGGCUUCCUUAGCAGCAGCGAAAUCAAGGAAAACGGCGUAGCUAACGCGGGCCUGUUGGAUCAGCGAGCUGCUUUGGGCUGGGUGCAAAGAAACAUCCGAGCGUUUGGAGGAGACCCGUCGCAAGUGACGAUAAUUGGCGGUAGUGCCGGCGGAGGUUCGGUCAUGGACCAGAUGAUCCUCUACGGAGGCGUGAGCAACCCGCCUUUCAGAGCCGCCAUUGCUGAGUAUCCAUGGUGGCAAAGCUACAAAAAUAACACCAUCCUCGAGGCCCAGUACAGGGAGAUUCUCACUGCAACAAACUGCUCGACUCUAGCAUGUCUCCGCAAUCAGAGCACCGCAACUAUCGUCAGCGGCAUGCAGUCGUCGCUUGACGUGGGUUACCUUACCAACGUCUAUGGCUACGGAGACUUCUACUAUGGUCCAGCGGUCGAUGGUUAUGUGAUUCGUGACCUGCCAUCCAACGAGUUCAAGCGAGGACACUUCACCAAGGUUCCCUUACUGACAAACAGAGACGGUUACGAGGGAUACAACUACUCGCCGAAGAACGAAACCACGCAGGAUCAAGAAACUUUGGAUCUUCAGAUCAUCUUUCCUUAUGCGAAGCAGUCGUUCUUUAAACGACUAUACCAGCUGUAUCCGGCAGAUGCAUUCAACAGCACGCUGUUUCAGCGGCAGUCCAUAUACGGUGACUACAUCAUCGACUGUCCAACGUACUACAUGGCCACCGCAACGUCUGACUGGGGCCAGCCGACCUGGAAGAUGAUCUUCAAUGCCGGCUCUCAGCUUCAUGGCGCUGACGGGCCUUUCCUUUGGGGACCACAGUCCGGCGUGAACAAUGUCACGCUUGCCAACAUCAUGAAAGACUGGUAUCUCGGCUUCAUCAUCAACCUUGACCCAAACACCAUCGCCUAUAGCAAUACGCCCAAACCCUACUGGCCGCAAUAUCAGACGCCAAGUGGGUCUAAUUUCUCAGUGAUGGAUGUGAACUACACGAUGAUGGGCGUUAUCCCGGACAUGGAUGCUAACGCGCGGUGCGACUUCUUCCACGGCCAGAGUUACGUGGUUCGGAACUAGCCUAAGACUGGGAUAUCGAAGACAAUCUUCAAUGGACACUCAAGCGCGACCCACAAGCUCGUUGGCGAUUUCUUCCAUCGCAAGUGUUACGUGGUUCGCGAGUCACUUCGGGAACAAGAUGUAGAAGACGAUCUUCAAGUAUAUACUCAGGUGCGACCUACAAAGUCGUUUCUCAUAUUUCGUCCUACCACUACAUCUUCGGCUGGUCCUCCACGUAGGUAACAUGAGAGUCCUCAGCUUUCUCGUUCCU